CAACAUCGCCCCCUCCUCCUUCUUUUUAUCUCUUUUCUUCGACAAAUCCAUUUGACCGAGUGUUCUGUAGCAGAUUAGCCUUGGUUUUCUUUCAAUUCAUAAAUUUGCUCUAUGGCAUCCUCUGUCUUUUACAAGUUCAGGUCUCAGAGAGAGGAGUCUCGGGUGACAUUUGAUGGCACUGGCAUAUCUGUAUUUGACUUGAAGAAAGAGAUCAUCCUAGCUAACAAUCUCGGCAAGUCUAAUGACUUCGACAUUUCUGUGUUCGACAAGUCGUCCAACGAAGAGUUUAAAAAUGACCAGCAUAUCAUUCCACGAUCUUCUUCUGUCAUUGUGAAGCGCUUGCCAGCAGUGCGUCCGGGCAAGGGUAACGCUGCUAUGUACAUUGCUGGCACAGCGUCUGCCGGUGCUGAUUCAGCUUCAAAGUCUGGUACUUCCGGUAACUCCAGCAAUAAUUGGCACAAGGGCUCGAUGUCACGGCGCUUCGAUGGGAAGGAAGAUGCUCCGAAGCCCACGCCGCCACCAAGAGCCAGCCCUUCAAAGCUAUCUACGUCAAUAGCGCAGGAUGAUGAGGAGGCUGCAAUGGCCGCCAUGUUCCAAAUGCAGUCGGCUAACUGGGAGGAGACCCAGGAGAAAAUGUCACAUGCUACGCGUAUAUACACUAACAACCGCGGAACCGGCUUCUCUCGCGGAGGUAAAACGACACCACACAGUCAUCACCACCACAACGACAAACCUUUACCCCCCAGCUAUGUCUGCUAUCGAUGUGGACAGAAAGGUCAUUGGAUCCAGGAUUGUCCGACGAACAGCGACCGAGAGUUUGACAAUAAGCCUCGCAUCAAACGAACGACCGGUAUCCCUCGUAGUUUUCUCAAAGCCAUCGAAAGCCCUGCUACGUCUCAAAUCGGACAUGGAGUCAUGGUUACGCCCGAAGGUGGCUACGUCGUCGCUCAGCCUGAUGUGGCUUCGUGGCAAAAGCAAGUCUCCAGGCCGAAGGGUCUCACGGAGUCAGACGUGCGGGAUCGACCUUCGAAAGACCCUGCGAUCGUAUGUCCGAUAGAUAAUAAAAUCUUCCGUGACGCUGUGAAGACUCCAUGCUGCGAGACGACAUACUGCGAGGAAUGUAUACAGACCCAUCUUUUGGAGAAGGACUUCAUAUGUCCGCACUGCGCUACGAAGAUUGCUUCGCUUGACAAGCUUUCGCAGGAUAAGCCAAAGCGUGCGAAGGUCGCAGAGUAUAUUGAGAAGGAGAUCGAACUGAGCAAGAAGGUAGAGGAAGAGGGCGCGAAUGGCACUCCUGGACCGAAUGGCACACCCGUCCCUGACGGUCCCUCAAAUUCCCAACAAAACGGCCUCCCCAACCAAGAUCACCCCGAAUACUACCAAGACCCAAACCUCAUCGCCGACAUGGCCAUGUCACAAAUGAUCCAAGACGGAAUCCCACAGCUUCAAGCACAAAUCCAACAACUCUCCGUAAUGCUGAACAACAACACACUCCCGCAGGCCGUCCGGCAACAGACGGAAAUGCAAUACCAGCAGCUUCAGGUGCAGUUGCAGCAGGCGCAGGAGAUCGGGGCUGCGUUGGCUAUGCAGCGGAGUUUUGCGGCUCAGGCGGCGCAGCAGCAACAGCAGCAGCAGCAACAACAACAACAACAUCAGCAGCAGCAGGGCAUUGCAGGAUUCGGCAACCAGCAGCAGGCAGGACACGAGUCUGCGUAUCAGAGGUUGCCGUUGAAUAAUAGGAGGAGAAAUAUGAAGAGGGAGAGGCCUUCGGAUUUCUUGGAGGUUGGGCCGGAUAUGGAGAGGGAGCCGAAGGUGGCGAAACAUUAG